CUAGUUUCUCAUAUUGCCAAAGGAGUAGCAACCCUGAAUCUGGCUUUGUUGGAAACUUAUGUCUUCCUCUUCUUCCUCUUCCAGUCAGAAAUUCUACGUUUUUCUGAGCUUCCAAGGCCUGGACACCCGUAGAACCUUUGUCAGCCAUCUCCGCCGUUCAUUGGACAGAAAAGGCAUUAAGACUUUUGAAGAUGAAAAUGAGUCUCUGAGAGGUGAAUUAGAUUCUUCUGCGGUCUAUCAGACAAUUGGAGAGUCAAAAGUGGCCGUUGUCUUGAUAUCGGUGAACUAUGCCUCUUCACCUUUGUGCCUGGAUAGUCUCCUUAAGAUUUUGAAGUUUCACCAGUCAGGUUCACUCGUUUUGAUACCAAUCUUCUAUGAAGUUGAUCCUAUGGAUGUAAGAAAACAAAUUGGGAAACUGUACGAAGCAUUCUCAUUGCAUGAGAGAGAAAACCCUGAAAAGGUUCAAACAUGGAGGCAAGCACUGUCCCAACUGGUCAGCAUUCCGGGCGGCCAGUACUCAGAGAUUUGGGAUGGUGAUGCAGAGCUGAUCCAUCAAAUUACCGUUGACAUAUGGAAUAUAUUUGUCGCUUCCAAGUCAAGUGAUUUGUGUGGUCUUGUGGGGAUGGAUCGCCACAUGAAAGCCAUGUAUAGAUUGUUAGAUUUAGGAUUGAAAGAUGAAGUUCGUCAUAUCAAAAUUUGGGGUAGCCGAGACAUCGGCAAGACUGAGUUUGCAAAAUAUCUGUAUGAAGAGAUUUUGCACAACUUUGAUACCCAUGUCAUGUUAAAAGCUCCACAAAGAAUUUCGCGUUUUGAGGAGGUUCGUUUGGCAGAAUAUGUGUGUCUUCGACUUGAGAAAGCAAGAACUUUGUCAAAAACAUCGAAGGACACUGCAUCAAGGUUUCUCCUCGUACUGGAUAAUGUGAAUGAAUCAUUUGACCCAAUAAGAAAACUUGCAAGGGUGAUUAGUUCUUUUGGUCCAGGGAGCAGGAUCAUUACAACCACCCGAAACUUGCAGUUCAGUUCGACUUCCCCUUUACCGUUUCAAUAUGAAGUUUUAGGGCUGGAGUUCUCUGAAGCUCUUCAGCUCUUCUGUCUCCAUGCUUUCGAGCAGACUCAUCCUUUUCUUGGUUUUGAAGACCUUUCAUGUCGUGCAGUGAAACUCGCAGGUGGUUUUCCUUUAUCCUUAAAAAGAUUAGGCUCCAGAUUUUCUGGUAGAAAGAAGGAUGAAUGGGAAGUGAUCUUGUUUGGAUACGAAAGAUCAACUGUUAACGGUGUUAUAAAUCCCGAAAAAAAUAGCCUGGAUGGGCUAUACGAAUACAGCUCUAUCAUGGAAACUUUUUCAAGUCAACCGAUUUCAAGCACAACAAGAAGUUUUGAAGACCUUGUGGGGAUGAAUCAUCGUAUGCAAGCUUUGUCGGCAUUGUUAGAGCUAGAAUCCGACAAAGAAGUUCGUGUAGUUGGAAUUUGGGGUACAGGAGGCAUUGGUAAAACAACUCUAUCAAGAUAUGCUUACGAGAGAAUCUCGCAGCAAUUCCACACCCAUGCUUUUCUAGAAAAUGCUCAAGAGAGCAGUUCAUCCUGUCUAGAAGAACGGUUUCUAUCCAAAGCUAUCCAAAGAGAAGCGCUUGCAGUAAGGAACUCUAAAGACUGUCCAGAAAUAAUGAAAUCAUUGAUUCAACACCGAAAAGUUCUGCUUAUAGUUGAUGAUGUGGAUAACGUCAAGACGUUAGAGGAAGUCUUCAAGAUCACCAGUUGGUUGGUCCCUGGAAGUAGAGUUAUUGUGACUGCACGAGAUGAGAGUUUUCUUCUGGCCAGUGGAGUGAAAUAUAUUUUUGAAGUUAAGGGCCUGAGAUUUGACCAAGCUCUUCAACUUUUCUAUCAAUUCGCUUUCAAGCAGAAAUCACCUCCGGUUCGUGUUUUGAAGAAAAGCAGAAUAAAGGUACAAUUUGAGUACCAGUCGAAUAGCCAUGGCAAGUAGAUGAACAACAUUAGUUUCCGUCAUAUAUUGCUGGCCUCUUUUCUGGUAUGUAUCGCCGUAUCGGACCACAUAACAAUCUGGUUACCCUGAAUCUCUGAUACAUAGCUAAGGAUGCUAAAUCGGGACUGGAAGUUGAAAAAUAAAUUGACGCCGCUGUAUUUGUGAUAAAACAUUGGAAUACUU